AUGAGCUGUGUCCAUGUGACUGUGUUUCAGGAAUAAGUAUCAGAGGAGUUGUGUUCCCCGAGUCGUUUUUGUCCGGUGACUGACAGGACGGAGAGGGGAGUCUGGAGCUGAAGAAGUAGCCGAUUUAAUAUCAGCAGCUGAUAAUAAAUAAGCGACAGGCAGGAAAAAUGUGGUGUUCAAUCUACGUAUUUCUGGCUGCUGCUUUGUCAGUCACAUUGGCCAAACCCUACUUUCAUCCACUGUCCAAUGAGAUGGUCAACUACAUCAAUAAAAUGAACACUACAUGGAAGGCGGGUCACAACUUCUAUAAUGUUGACUACAGCUACAUCCAGAAACUGUGUGGUACAAUGCUGAAGGGGCCGAAACUGCCACUCAUGGUUCAGUAUGCUACUGAUGUGAAGCUUCCAGACACCUUUGAUGCUAGAGAGCAGUGGCCCAAUUGUCCAACUCUGAAGGAAAUCCGAGAUCAGGGAUCUUGUGGAUCCUGCUGGGCUUUUGGUGCCACCGAGGCCAUGUCAGACCGUCUCUGUAUACAUAGCAGUGGUAAGAUCAGCGUGGAGAUUUCAGCUGAGGAUCUGCUGUCUUGCUGUUACAGCUGUGGCAUGGGUUGUAAUGGUGGCUUCCCUGCAGAGGCCUGGGGAUAUUGGACUAAGGCUGGAUUGGUGUCUGGUGGUCUCUAUGCAUCCCACGUUGGUUGCCAGCCUUACACCAUCCCUCCAUGUGAGCACCAUGUGAAUGGUUCCAGACCUGCUUGCACUGGUGAGGGGGGUGACACACCCCAGUGUGUCAAAAAGUGUGAACCUGGAUAUACACCCAGCUACGAAGAGGACAAACACUAUGGGAAAACCGCUUACAACGUUCCAUCAGAAGUGGAGCAGAUUCAGACUGAGAUUUACAAGAACGGUCCAGUAGAGGGAGCCUUUACUGUCUAUGAAGACUUCUUGCUGUACAAGUCUGGUGUAUAUCAGCAUGUGUCUGGAUCUGCUGUGGGUGGCCAUGCCAUUAAGGUCCUGGGUUGGGGUGAGGAAGAUGGUACUGCCUACUGGCUCUGCGCUAACUCCUGGAAUACAGACUGGGGGGAUAAUGGUUAUUUUAAAAUCCUCCGUGGAAGCAAUCACUGUGGCAUAGAGUCGGAGAUUGUGGCAGGGAUUCCAAAGUAAAAUGUUUUGACUGCAGUGACAAGACAUGAUCAUUAGAUGGCAAUGCACUCCUUUUACCAAAACUGGAAGUAGAACGCUGACCAUCUUUAUGUUUAAAACUAUGAUAAUUGCUUUGUGCACAUCAUCUGUCCUGUUGACUACAGCAGGGGACGUACACACACACACACACACACACACACACACAUCUUUGAUUAAGGUAGAUUCUCCUCCUCCAGCUGUCUGAUUUGUCUUGUGUCCAGUUCAUAGCUGUGUAGCAGGCAGAAUGUGGAAGCCUGUGAAACUUGUAUUGUUGUGUACUGGUUAUUUUGGAUGACUGAGUAUUGUCCCUUCAUGCUUAAGACAAUUUCUGAAGAAUUAAGACAAUUUCUGAAGAAUUUUUGUGUUUUGUUUUGUUUUUUCUUGAGAUGAUCAAAGUGCAUUUUAUCACUAUAGAUUUGUUUUUUCUGCACUUUUUGUUUUUAACAGAAACCUGUUCAUAAGUCUCUAAAAGAGCCUAAGAACUACUUUAAUUUUUUAAUGAUUGCAAUGCCAUUUUUAAUAAAAUAAAAUUUCAGCACCACCACUGUACGUAUGUUGUUAUAUGAUACACACUUCAUAUGUAGUGCCUAAUGGGUAUUUUUAAAAACCUGAUUAUCAGAUGAAAGGAAUUAAACCUUUAUUUUGAAAUAUGUAUUGGCUUUAAUUGCUAUCUGAAGUAAAUAAAAGUGUCCUUAACUGGC